AUGCUCCUCAGCCAGCUGACCACUCUCCUGAGCCUGCUCAGUGGAGCCUGGCUACCCAGAGGCUUGGGGAGGCCUGGACCCCAGGGUCCCCCACCCCAGCCCGCAGCUGCUGCCAAUCAGACCCAAACUCUGGGCCAAGGGGCCCUGGUCUCCCCAGUACCAUCCUCUGCCCUCAGCAGCUGGAAGGCUUUCUUGGACCUGCAGAAAACUGGGCAUAUGGGGACAGGUGGGCUGCAGCGUAGGCAGCAGGUGGCUGCCACCAUGUCUCUCCCACUGAACCCGCAGGAAGUGGCCCAGGAGAUGUGCAAGGCUGUGCCCUUCACUCAGGUGCUCUCCCAGCCGGGAUGCAUGACCAUGCGUCUCCGUAAUCACCUCUGCUUUGGCCACUGCUCCUCACUCUACGUCCCUGGCGUGGACUCUGCCCCACAUGUCCUCUGCAACAGCUGUGUGCCCACUCAAAGGCGCUGGGCAGCCGUGUUCCUGUGGUGUUGGGUGGGCAGCCCAGUCUCUCGUCAGCGGGUGAAGACAUCCACAUUGCUGGUCGAGAGAUGUCGGUGCAGCCCGAAGGUGUGA